AUGAUCUCAUCAUCGGACGCAAGCGCGGAGCCGCGGCCUCUCGCGCCGAAAUUCUCCACCAGAUGGUCAAGGCUGACGCAUGACGUGCUGAGCGCCGGUCGCGCGGCGCCGCCGAGCAGCAGCGCGCCGCGAAGCACGUCGCGGCGGCGGGAGCCCGCGUCGAAGCGCCGCCCGUGCUUCGAGCCGGCGCUUCUGCUGCUUCCGGACGGUUCCGUCCAGAUCGUGCCAGUGUGCUCGUACGACGAGUCCGACUCGCUGGCCAAGACCUCUUCUUCCGCACACAGCCAGACUGGGAGUCAGACUCGCCGCACCCUCACUGCUGUGAGGAAGAACAGCAAUGGCGCACGAGACCCAUCAUCUCGCGUCGCGACUUUGACGGAGGACAUCCGUUCCGACAAUCCAAUUGCUGGCGAUUCAAUUCCCCUCAGUAAACAUCAUGAUGCGAGCCGGAGGGCCACUCGCGUGAGCGACGUGCUUCAGGAUCAUCCGGGCUGUCAGGUGGGCUCGCUGACGUCAUCGCACGGCUGCUUCCUGCGCCCGCAGCACGUGUUAAAGCCCGGCCACGUGUACUUCCUCCAGCCGCCCCUGGCGCUCCCGGCUCCCCAUGAUCAUGGAACCUCAUUUUCAGGUCGCGGUGACGAUGAGAACUCUGCUGAGAUUGAGAUGAUUUCAGUAACUGCUGCUGCACGCUCAGAUGAUUCACUUUCCACGCUCUCAACGCUCUCAGCAUUCUCCGGUCCACUUUCAACGUUUUCAGCGUCUUCCGGUGCACUCUCAACGCUCUCAGAGGGCACAGCAGGCGUGCAAGACCCACUAUUCCUGGCCGGCCAGACUGGAGGUGCUGCGGGUGCCAUGGAGAAUUACCGGGCCUUAUUUGAAGCUCUGGAAUCAGCCAACAGCACUCCGGCCAGGAGAUUCGGCGGCAUCAACACCAGCAGUAACAGCAGCACCACCACCAGCAGCAGCAGCAGCAGCAGCAGCAGCAGCAGCAGCAGCAGCAGCAGCAGCAGCAGCAGCAGCAGCAGCAGCAGCAGCAGCAGCAGCAGCAGCAAGCAGCAGCAGCAGCAGCAGCAGCAGCAGCAGCAGCAGCAGCAGCAGCAGCAGCAGCAGCAGCAGCAGCAGCAGCAGCAGCAGCAGCAGCAGCAGCAGCAGCAGCAGCAGCAGCAGCAGCAGCAGCAGCAGCAGCAGCAGCAGCAGCAGCAGCAGCAGCAGCAGCAGCAGCAGCAGCAGCAGCAGCAGCAGCAGCAGCAGCAGCAGCAGCAGCAGCAGCAGCAGCAGCAGCAGCAGCAGCAGCAGCAGCAGCAGCAGCAGCAGCAGCAGCAGCAGCAGCAGCAGCAGCAGCAGCAGCAGCAGCAGCAGCAGCAGCAGCAGCAGCAGCAGCAGCAGCAGCAGCAGCAGCAGCAGCAGCAGCAGCAGCAGCAGCAGCAGCAGCAGCAGCAGCAGCAGCAGCAGCAGCAGCAGCAGCAGCAGCAGCAGCAGCAGCAGCAGCAGCAGCAGCAGCAGCAGCAGCAGCAGCAGCAGCAGCAGCAGCAGCAGCAGCAGCAGCAGCAGCAGCAGCAGCAGCGUCAGCAGAAUCAGCAGCAGUGCUAG